GUGAACGGGACUUUUAUUUUGGUGUGUCGAUGUGACGCUAUAAGGCUGCGUCGCGCUCCUGCAUCUGUUGUGAUUCUGCUGAAGAAAGGACAUAGUGUUUAUAAACGGAGGAAAAACUCCUGGUUAAGCGACUGAGAUCCACGUGACACACUAUUAUAAAGAUGGCGUUUAUUAAAGAGGAGAUUGAAGACCUGAAGAUUGAAGAAACAUUCAGAGUGAAACAUGAAGAAACUGAGGAACAAACAGACCUGACGCCACUGAAAGAGGAGAGUGAAAAACUCAGUGAAAAUGAAGAGAAAGAGCAGUAUGAAAUACAUCAUGAUUUAAUUACUGGAGAAAAAUCUUUUAGUUUCUCACAGGAUGAAAAUACUUCCUCACAAAAAAUAGCUCAAAAGACAGGAACAAGAAGUUCUUUAACUUGCUUUAUAUGUGUAAAGAGUUUCAGUUGUCAUGGAAAUCUUAAAGUCCACAUGAGAAUUCACACUGGAGAGAAGCCUUACACCUGCCAGCAGUGUGGAGUAAGUUUCACUCAAAAUGGACACCUUAAAGUCCACAUGAGAAUUCACAGUGGAGAGAAGCCUUUCACCUGCCAACAGUGUGGAAAGAGCUUCACAACAGAACUAAACCUUAGGUAUCACAUAAGCAUUCACACUGGAGAGAAGCCGUUCACAUGCGAUCAGUGUGGAAAGAGUUUCACACGUAAGGUAAACCUUUAUAACCACUUCAGGAUUCACUCAAGAGAGGACUGUUGCCGUCAGUGUGGAAAGAGAUUCUCAGGCACGAACAGCCUUACCAGGCACAUGAGAACUCACUCUGGCGAGAAGCCUUUCGAAUGCCACGAGUGUGGAAAGCGUUUCACUCAACAAGGAAGCCUUAACACCCACAUGAGAAUUCACGCUGGGGAGAAGCCUUUCACAUGCCCGCAGUGUGGAAAGAGUUUCACUGUAAAUGGUCACCUUAAAGCCCACAUUAGAAUUCACACUGGAGAGAAGCCCUACACCUGCCAACAGUGUGGAAAGAGUUUCACUGAAAAAGGAAGCCUUGAAAGGCACUUGAGAACUCACAAUGGAGAGAAGCCUUUUACCUGCAAAUUGUGUGGAAAGAACUUCAUUGAAACCGGACAUCUUGAUGUCCACAUGAGAAUUCACACUGGAGAGAAGCCUUACACCUGUCAACAGUGUGGAAAGAGUUUCUCCCAACAAGGAAACCUUAAAGUCCACAUGAGAACUCAUAUUGGAGCAAAGCCUUACACCUGCCAACAGUGUGGAAAGAAUUUCACUGAAAAAGGAAGCCUUGAAAGGCACUUAAGAACUCACAAUGGAAAGAAGCCUUUUACCUGCAAUUUGUGUGGAAAGAACUUCAUUGAAACUGGACACCUUGACGCCCACAUGAGAAUUCACACUGGAGAGAAGCCUUACACCUGCCAACAGUGUGGAAAAAGUUUUAAUCAACAAGGAAACCUUAAAGUCCACAUGAGAACUCAUAUUGGAGCGAAGCCUUAUACCUGCCAACAGUGUGGAAAGAGUUUCACUGAAAAAGGAAGCCUUAAAAGGCACAUGAAAAUUCACAAUGGAAUAAGCCUUUGACCUGCAAACAGUGAUGAAUAAGUUUCACCUGAAAAGGAAACCUUGAAGUCCACAUGAGAAUUCACACUGGAAAGAGCGUAACUUGAAAAGAAAGCAUUAAAACACACGAGAGUUCACACUGGAGAGAAGCCAUGUGAUCAGUUUCACAUGUAAAUAAACCCUAAAUUGCCACAUAAGGAUUUACUUGAGAGAGCUGUUUUUUGAUGUUGUAAAUGAGGGAGAAUUUCACAGACAAGAAACACAUAAUAAGAGUCACAUAAUAACUCACAUUGGAGAGCAGCAGUGGAAAGUUGUCAUCACUGUGGAAAGAGUUUCAGUCAUAAAGUAAACCUUAAAGGGUUAGUUCACCCAAAAAUUUAAAAACAAAAAAACAAAAAAAAAACAACUUUCAUGUCAUUCCAAACCCGUAAGACUUUGGUUCAUCUUUGAGACACAGAUGAAUAUAUUUUUAAUGAAAUCUGAGAGAUUUCUGUUCCUCCACUGAGAGAUUUCAGUCCAUGCAACUACUGCUUUGUUGCUACAAAAUGUCAUUAAGAAAUUGUAAAACUAAUCCAUAUUAACCGAGUGGUUUAGUUCAAAAUUUAUUUUAUGUAUUAUUUUAUGUUAUAUGAUGAAUAGAUUGAAUUUAGGCUUUUAUUCCCAUAUAAACAUUCAUUAGCGUACAUAAACAGAAGCUCAACCAUACAUGCUUGACGUGUGAGAACAAACCUUAUUGGUUCUUGCAGCUCAAACGUGUUGUGUAAAAAGAGAAUGAACCUCACUGGGUCUUGCUGAACCUCAAACGUGCUGAGUAACACAGGAAAAUGAACCUCAUUGGUUCUUGCGGAAGUUCAAACAUGCUGUGUAACAUGAAUGAACCUCAUUGGUUCUUGCUGAAGCUCAAACGUGCUGCUUAACACGAGAAUGAUCCUCAUUGAUUCUUGCAGAAGCUCAAACGUGUUGCGUAACACGAGAAUGAACCUCAUUGGUUCUUGCGGAAGCUCAAACGUGUUGCGUAACACGAGAAUGAACCUCACUGGUUCUUGCGGAAGCUCAAACGUGCUGCGUAACACGAGAAUGAACCUCAGUGGUUCUUGAUAAAGCUCAAACGUGCUGCGUAACACGAGAAUGAACCUCAGUGGUUCUUGAUGAAGCUCAAACGUGCUGCGUAACACGAGAAUGAACCUCAUUGGUUCUUGAUGAAGCUCAAACGUGCUGCGUAACACGAGAAUGAACCUCACUGGUUCUUGCGGAAGCUCAAACGUGCUGCGUAACACGAGAAUGAACCUCAGUGGUUCUUGAUAAAGCUCAAACGUGCUGCGUAACACGAGAAUGAACCUCAGUGGUUCUUGAUGAAGCUCAAACGUGCUGCGUAACACAAGAAUGAACCUCAUUGGUUCUUGAUGAAGCUCAAACGUGCUGCGUAACACACGAGAAUGAACCUCAGUGGUUCUUGAUGAAGCUCAAACGUGCUGCGUAACACGAGAAUGAACCUCAUUGGUUCUUGAUGAAGCUCAAACGUGCUGCGUAACAUGAGAAUGAACCUCACUGGUUCUUGCUGAAGCUCAAACGUGCUGCGUAACACUCGAGAAUGAACCUCACUGGUUCUCGCAUGUCAAACAAGCAUGCUUGCGCUUCUAUUUAAGUCCAUUUCCAUCCUGUUUCGUAAGUUGAAUAUGAAAGGCGGUCUGGCGGAAGCUAGAUAUUUUACAUCAUAACUUGUUAAAUAUAAAUAUUUUUCUCACACAAACUCACUCUUCACUUCAGAAGGCCUUUAUUAACGCACUGGAGCCAAUGUGCAAUGUGUUUAUGAUGGAUGCACUUUUUUCAGCUUCAUAUAAUUCAUACAUACCUAGGAUGGCUUGAGGGUGAGUAAAGCUUGAUGUAAUUUUCAUUUUAAAGUGAACUAAUCCUUUAAGAUUAAAUGAGGCUUUAUACUGGAGAAAAGCCUUUUCUGUGCCUUCAGUGUGAGAAGAUUUUCACCAGAGAGACCUGAAAUGUGAACGGAUUACAAAUGACAUGACCUUUUAAAUGUGGUCUCUAUCAUACUCAUUAGGUGACGCAUGUUUAUUGUCUUUUAAUUUGCCUUGAUGCUUUUUCUUUUCCUUUGGCGUGUACAAUGAAUGAUACCACAUCUAAACAUUUGCUUUUCUGUUGUUUCAAAUAGUGAGCAGUUGAAGUCGGUGUCUAUUUUCUGUUGAAUAGUACUUUUGUUAUGUUAUGUUGAUUCAUUUUAAAACAUCACAAAGUUCCGUGGUUAAGUUAAUUCUAACUUAAUUCUAAGUUAAUUCUAACUUCUGACUGGCCAUUGUGUUCAAGAAAUCAACAAACAUGUCAAGGAUGGAAUGAGCAUUACUGAGUGCCAAACACGCAUCAAUUUCAUUCAUACUGGAAGCUAGAGGGCGCCCUCCUGCAGAAACUUUUAAUAUGCCUCAACGGCAUUUCAAACGGCAUUUGAAAGGCAAACGAAAGUCAACAACUGAAUCCCUUCACGAAGGGCCCUUCCAUGAGUCCGUUAGCGAAGGGUACAUGCGAUGGUCACUUCGAGGAAGUAAUUUUAUUAUUUAUGAUCAAUGUGACCCAGCGAAUACUUGUGAUUCAUUCAUUUUAAAGCUAGAUGGCGGGAGAGUUUGAGUUAAAUUAAGCAUUAAUGAAAUAUGCAAAUAUAACUAAACAAAAGCAGAAAGCAGAAAUCCAUCAGGUUGAGACUUUUAAACAAUUAUGUUAGAGAUUUUCUUGUUCAUGAAGCUGUUUUACUUGGAUAUACGUCACGAUAGGGAGGAAAAGACUCGCAACAUUUAAGCCAGCUUUAACUUUGUUCAUACAAUGUGUAGAGGCUUUACAGCGAAUGAGAGAACAGUGUUAGUUUUGCCAUCUCAAUAUUAGUGUUGGAUGGCUUUGCCUUAGUUCUGCCCAGCCGAGGUCUUUUAGCAGUGUCAUCACGCAUUGUGGAUUCUGAGCUUUCCCCUUCCAAUGCUGCUUGGAGACUGAGUGUAAGUUGCAGAAGACAUUUCGGAUCAUUGAUCGAAAUCGGCUUAUAAUCGUAUGAAAACCACACAGUGUAUGCCUGGAUUAAGCCCCUUCAUGAAGAAUGCCAAGGUGUUCUGCAGGAAAAUGACAGAGGUUUGUCUGUUUUGUACAGUGUACAGCUGAAUGUUUCUGUAAGACGGUCACUUAAAUGCAGUGAUUGCCUACUUAAAUGGUCAGGGUGUAUGAUGGUAGUAUGAUGCUUCUAUUGUGUCAGGACACUGGUGCUGUAAAAUGUAUAUCAGGGAAAUUGAUGAAAACAAGCUCAGCAGAUUUUUGAGAUUCUGUACUGGUUGUGAUUUGGUGGUUGCAGAGGAUAUUCAGGUAAGGUUCACUGUCCAGACAGAUUUCACUAGAGGGCCAACUGGACGUACCUGUGGGAUGGUCCCUGAACUCCCAGACUCCUGUGACAAUAUCCCAGAGUUCCAUGUUGAAUUGAACUGUGUUCUGGAAAGUAACAUCUACAUCAAGGAUAUUGUAUAGCUUGACCUUUUUAUAAGGUAUAAAUAUACAUUGGUAGAAUGUGGUUUAUAACAUGUUCUCAUAUAUUGUAACAUUAUUACUGAUCAUUUAAACACUAAUGCUGAAUAAAUAUUUUAUUUUAUAUAAAUAAUAUGCCAUAUUUGCUUGGUAUUGAGAGAUUGUGAUUUCGACUUUUCACUAUUAGAUGGCGACAAAGACUCUUUAUUAGUAGCAAAGAUUUUAUAUCGAAAAGGACUGAAAUAAAGGUUUUGAACAAAAUACAAGAGGCAACUGACAAAUGCACUGAUCAGUGCCCUGAUUUUUAAUUGUAAUUUUCUAAAAUCAAUAAAAAAUAAACUUUGUUACUCCAUUUAUCAUUUACGGUCUCUUUUUAUUUUUCACCUUCUUACUUUGUCUAUUUGAUCGAUUCCACCAUGUGUUUAGUCAUUUAUCUCUUUCCUACUUUCCCCGUUGCUUAUAUGAUAAUGGAUGAUAAUCUCAUGUUUAAGAAUAAAAUAGGCACAAAUGUAAAAUAAUCAGAUUUUAUUGGCAAAAUUUUCAGAAAAUGAGAUAAGUUACAAGAAUGAAUCCAUUCACCAGCAUCAUGCUGAUUAGUAACAAAACAUUUUACAUGUCCCUGAAGAAUUGUGUGAUUAUAAAUUCAGCACACAGUUUCAAGUAAAUGGUUUCACAGUUUAGUUUUUUGUUACAUUUAAUCAGAGAGAAGCAUAAAAUAGGGCAUGUUCCUGAUCUACACUACAGAGCAGUAAUGUGUACAUCAGUCUACUGAAGAGAAGCUGAACAUUGCUUUUUGAACAUUGCAUUGUUUUUUUUACUG